UGUCGAAUUGACUACGAAAGUAGCUUUCUAUUUUAAAGAAUUUGUCAGAUUAUCUUCAUUUGAACGCAAAAUUACUUCGAACAUAAUUGAUUGUGGUUCAAUGAAAUAAACAGUUUUUGUGUAAAGUGCUGUGAGAGUAUUAAAAUAGUCUCCUUGGGUGGUGGUGAAAACUAAUCAGUUAGAAAGCAACAUGGAAGCACUGACAGUUCCGCCAUGAAUGCAAAAUAAAUAGAAAUUGUGAAGAAGCUGGACUUCAGUAAGGAUAGGCUAAACUUCACAAUGUUGAGAGGUGGGCGUGGAGGCCGUCACAGUCCAGAGCUGUAUCCCCACACGCUGAAGUGUUCCAACGCGAGUGACACUAGCUCAGCAUACAGUGGCAGUGACACAAUGACCUCGGUGCACAGCUCACUUGAUAUGGACAUGGAGGUGGACCUAUCUGGGCUCCUCGAGUCCAUUGUAGAUUCUGAUGAAGAAGAAGAUCUGGAAGAGUCUAUGGAUAGCCUCACAGUCCGUGAUGCUGUUCGGGAAUGCCUUGAAAAAGAUCCCAGUGAAAGAUCUGAAGAAGAUGUUGAAAUUCUUUUAGAAUUCACGCAACACUUAAAAGCAUUCACAAACAUGACAUUGACUGUACGCAGAGCAUUAUGUGCUGUAAUGGUCUUUGCCGUUGUAGAGAAAGCUGAGACUAUUGUAAUGAAUGAUGGAGAAGAGCAUGAUUCUUGGUCAGUUCUUAUUAAUGGUCAUGUUGAAAUACAACAUCAAAAUGGUGAUAUUGAGCACCUCAAUGUUGGAGAUAGUUUUGGGAUGGCUGAGGCGACCAUGGAAAAAUUGUAUCACAGAGGAGUAAUGACCACAAAAUGUGAUGACUGCCAAUUUGUCUGCAUCACACAAACAGAUUACUAUCGGAUUUUACAUCAAGGAGAAGAAAAUAUAAGAAGACAUGAGGUUGAUGGUGUGGUGGUGUUGGUGACAGAAUACAGAGGGGCUGCAGGAGAAUCAGUGCAUCAGCGAGGGCAUGUAGUUAUUAGAGGGACUCCUGAACAUCUUAUGCUACAGUUAAUUGAGGAUAAUUCCAGUGAUUCAACCUAUGUUGAAGAUUUCCUGUUGACUCAUAGAACAUUUAUUGAAAGUCCUCUAGUAGUAGCCAAACAACUUCUUGCCUGGUUCUCAGAGCCCUCAGUACGUGACAAAGUGACACGGGUUGUCCUUCUAUGGGUAAAUAAUCAUUUCACAGAUUUUGAGACAGAUCCCACAAUGAUGGAUUUCUUAGAGCAAUUUGAAACUGUUUUGGAAAGAGAAAAGAUGGAAAGCCAAUUAAGAUUACUUAACAUUGCAUGUUCUGCUAAGGCUAGAACUAGAAGUGUAACAUUAUCGCGACCAUCAAGAGAUGACCCUUUGAAUUUCAGUAUUCUUGGUGAAAGAGGCUAUGGUAUUUUUAUCCUUAAGGUGGAGAAACAUUCAAAAGCUGAAGAGGUUGGGCUUAAAAGAGGUGAUCAAGUUAUUGAAGUCAAUGGUCAAUCUUUUCGGCAUGUUAGCAAUGCAAAGGCUAUGGAGAUAAUAACAGGAUCCACACAUCUAAGUAUUACAGUAAAAAGUAAUUUAUUAGCAUUUAAACAAAUGCUUGUCAUGCCUGAUAAUCCACCAAGACACAGAGGUCCUGCUACCAAUAUGGUACGUUGUUGGCAAACAGAUCCACGGGCGCGAUUAUCAACAGCAGAACUCCUUAGUGAUGAUCCAAUCGGAUUAACACCAGUUUUUCCAUCUCCAACCAAAAAGCCACAACAGUUAAGUAUAAAAAAGGAACCCCAAAAGGGAUUUAUGACUCUUGGUCCAAAAAGAAGAUUGCAGAAGGCUUUAAUGAAAAUCAUUCUCCCUAAAAACACAAUUACUGAUGGUUUGCACUCUGAUGAUAGUGUUCUUUCAAACUCUGAAUCGCUAAACAAGGCAAAUAGCAGUACCUCAUUUUAUAAUUCCCAUAGUAACCCAGAUUUAAUAUCAAUUUGUUACGAUGAAUAUCAACUCUCAGAUUACCCUGAGCAUGUCCUUAAAGUGUACAGAGCUGACCAGACAUGCAAGUAUCUGUUAGUGCACAAAGAGACCACAGCCAGAGAAGUGGUCAUGCUGACUUUGCAAGAGUUUGGCAUUACUGACCCGAGUUCCAAUUUUUCUUUAUGUGAGGUGUCAGUUGCACAAGGUGGUAUAAUCAAACAGCAUAGAUUACCUGAUCAGCUCCAAAACCUUGCAGAGCGUAUUGGGCUUAGUUCUAGAUACUAUCUGAAAACAAAUGGCAUUCAUGAAACUUUAGUACCUGAUGAGAUGGCACCUGAACUCCUAAGGGAGAGUGUUGUCCACUUUCUACAACUAAAUGCUGUAGAAGUUGCAGUCCAGUUAACACUACAAGACUUCUGUAUCUUCAGGCAGAUUGAAAGUACGGAAUAUGUUGAUGACUUAUUUGAAUUAAAGAGUAGGUACGGAAUACCUAUGUUGGCACAGUUUGCCGAACUGGUAAACAAAGAAAUGUUUUGGGUUGUUACUGAGGUAGUCACAGAACAAAAUCAUGUACGGCGAUCGAAAAUUGUAAAGCAAUUUAUAAAGGUUGCAAGACAUUGUAAAGAAUGCAAAAAUUUUAAUUCAAUGUUUGCAAUAAUAUCAGGAUUGGGUCAUGGCGCCGUCUCUCGAUUGAGGAUGACGUGGGAAAAAUUGCCAACAAAAUAUUUGAAACUUUUCAAUGAUCUACAAACCCUAAUGGACCCUUCAAGGAACAUGUCUAAGUACAGACAGUUAGUUACCACCGAGCAAGGCAGGUCUCCCGUUAUUCCAUUCUAUCCUGUGGUUAAAAAAGAUCUUACUUUUAUCCAUCUCGGGAACGACACUAAAGUGGAGGGCAUGGUGAACUUUGAAAAGUUAAGAAUGAUAUCAAAAGAGGUAAGAACUCUGACAAACAUGUGCAGUUCCCCAUAUGACUUGCAGACUCUUCUGGAGCUGGGCAAACAGCCUCCGUCAAACGCAAUGGUAGCAUUGAAUCAGCUCACGACCGGCGUUCAGCAAGGCCAGGUGACCGUCAAGAGAAGGAAAAAGUCAUCUAACGUACCCAACCCUAAAAAAAUGUUCGAGGAAGCACAAAUGGUCCGUCGCGUGAAAGCGUAUCUUAACCGCAUGCACGUGGAAACGGACGAGGAACGACUUCACGCGUUGUCUCUAGAGUGCGAGGGAGCCGGGCCCGCUCCCGCUCUGCCGCGUCGCAGACACCCCUCGCCCUCCUUGUCCACGACGAGCAGCGCGUCUUCGGCGAGCGAGAGCAAAAAGAGUUUCGCCGGCAACAAAUUCGGCGCCGCCUCUCCGCAGGCGGUCCGGAAGCUGCUGGCGCUCUCGGAGCCCGCCAAGACGCGUCCGCACCAGCCGCGUCCGCCGCCCGCCGGACCCUCGCCCUGCGCGCACCGCCGCGACCGAGACCCCGCGCCCGCCGUCUGCUGCCCGCGCGCCGCGCACGAGCGCUCGCACUCCGACACGCCCACGCCGCUGCCCGUGGACCUGUCGGCCGAGAGCAGCAGCGUCACGUCGCUGGUCAACCUGCCGCUGCGCAAGACGGGCUCGGCCACGUCGAGCGACAGCGGGCACGGCUCGUGCUCGGCGGCGUGCGUGCCGCUGCGGCCGGUGCCGCCGCCGCGCAUGCCGCAGGCGCCGUUCACGCUGGCGGCGCACGUGGCGCGGCUGGAGCGGCUGAGCCGCGCGCACUCGCACGAGGGCGUCACGAGGCCCUUCGACUACUACCACGACGCGCCCGACGACGACGACGACGAUCAGCAGGUUUCCGCCGUUUGAAAUUUGAAUACUCUUAAAUCGAUGUCUAUUUAUAUAGUUCACUAUUUUGUAAUCUCACUCGACGAAUAGUAAGCACGACUUAUAUAAAUUUGUCUUAUAUUAUUAAAAUAUUGUAUGUACCCCGACGACUAAGUCUAAAGACUGUAUAAUUUAAUGAAACUCCUAGUGUUAUAUAGUAUAAUUCCAUAUUAUGAAUAUAAGCCAUGCCUCUUUACCUAUUAAUUAUAAAUGUGACCCACCAUUUUCCAGUUUAAUUGUCUAGAGAUAUUUGAUGUAUACCGAUCGAUAGGUGAAUCAUUGUGUAUCCACCGCUGUUUGGUAUCUCUACAUUCCGUUAUUUGUAUAUUCUUAAAAUUAUUAUUCUCACUAUUUAUAAUUGUGAAACUUAGACCAAAUAAUAAUUAAUGUACCUUUUAACGUGUAUUAUCCAGAAUUAUUUUAAUGAUUUUUUUUAAUAAUUUUGUUGUAAUUUGUGGUAGCUUUGAGGACCAAUAAUGAUUUUGAAUAAUGUUAUUUCUUGUAUUAGCAGCUCGAAUUCUGUUUAUAUCUUGAAUUUAAUCAUACAAUUGUAAAUAACAAAAAUAUAUUAAUUACCUACUUCA